AUGAGUUUCGAAGAAAACGUGAAGAAAUAUUUUGAAAAAAACUGUUCUCAAGCUGAAAUAAAAGCUUUGCUUGAAAAAGACUUUGAAGUUACUGUGCCAUUAAUAAAAGUGAAGAGAACUUUGGAGAAGUUGGAAUUGAAGAGGAGAAACAUAACAGAAAGUAAUUUGUGUGAUAUUUGUGUGGCUGUAGUUGAGGAAUUAAAUUCCUCAGGCUACAAUGUAGGGUACAGGGCACUGUGGCAAAAAUUAAAAAAAAAAUACAAUCUGAACGUCAAAUGGGAGACAGUUUAUCAGAUACUGAAAAUAGCAGAUCCAGAAGGAAUCAAAGAAAGGUUUGGUAAUAAAUUGCAUCGUAGAGAGUACCUAAAUCCAGGGCCAAAUCACUUGUGGCACCUGGAUGGGUACGAUAAAUUGAAGCAGUUUGGUUUUCCUAUCCAUGGAUGUAUUGAUGGAUACUCCAGAAUGCUACUGUGGCUUGAAGUUUCCAACACAAACAACGACCCACAAGUAACAGCUUAUUAUUAUUUGUCAACAGUGGAGAGAAUUGGUUUUUUACCAUCAAUGAUCCGGUCUGAUAAAGGAACUGAAAAUGUUCUUAUUGAAUCUCUUCAAAUUUCUCUACGAAGUGCACAUAGUGAUAAACUAGCUGGGAAAAACAGUUACAUCAAAGGUACAAGUACUAGGAAUCAGAGGAUUGAAUCUUAUUGGGAGAAAAUGCGUCAAAAUUUUGCAGAUUACUACAUACAAUUUUUCAAAGGCAUGCAAGCAAUAAAUUUAUUUGAUGGUUCAAAACUUCACAUUCAAUGUUUACAGUAUUGUUUUGGANCAAUAUUCGGUAUAUAA